AUGGCCCCAGAUAUCCACAUGCCAGGCCCUCUGUGCCUCAUUGAGAACAUUAAUGAACAACUGGUGGUUAAUCAGGAAGCUCUGAAGGUCCUAUCUGACAUCACCCAGCCUCUUGUGAUAGUGGCUAUUGUGGGCCUCUAUCGCACAGGCAAAUCCUACCUGAUGAACAAGUUGGUUGGGAGAAAGCAGGGGUUCUCCAUUGGAUCCACAGUGCAGUCUCACACCAAGGGAAUCUGGAUGUGGUGUGUGCCACACCCCAGUCAGCCGAAUCACACUCUAGUUGUGCUUGACACCGAGGGCCUGGGGGAUGUUGAGAAGGUUUCUGAGGAGAAUGAUACCCACAUCUUUACUCUAGCUUUACUGCUGAGCAGCAUCUUUGUAUAUAAUAUCAUGAACAAAAUCAACCAGGAGGCUAUAGACUUACUCUACAAAGUAACAGAACUGACAAAUCUGCUCAGGGCAAGAUCCUCAGCUGACUCUGAUGAGACUGAAGAUGUAGCUCACUUUGAGAGCUUCUUCCCAGACUUAGUGUGGACUCUGAGGGAUUUUUUCCUAGAAUUGGAAGCAAAUGGAAAAGCCAUCACAGCAGAUGAAUAUCUGGAAAAUUCACUACGUCUAAAGGAAGGUACUGAUGAAAGAGUAAAAACUUUCAAUUUGCCCCGUCUGUGUAUACAAAGGUUCUUUCCCAGGAAGAAGUGCUUUGUUUUUGAUUUGCCCAGUCAACGGAAGAAGCUUGCCCAACUUGAGGCUCUAGAUGAUAGUGAACUUGAUCCUGAAUUUGUCCAACAAGUUGCAGAAUUCUGUUCCUACAUCUUCAGUCAUUCCAAGGUCAAGAUUCUUCCAGGAGAUAUCAAAGUCAAUGGGCCUCGUUUAGAGAGCUUGGUGCUGACCUAUGUCAAUGCGAUCAACAGUGGGACUCUGCCCAGCAUAGAGAAUUCAGUCCUGGCUUUGGCCCAGAUAGAGAACACAGCUGCUGUGCAAAAGGCCGUUGCUCACUAUGACCAGCAAAUGGGUCAGAAAAUGCAGCUGCCCACGGAAACCCUCCAGGAGCUGCUGGACCUGCACAUGUCUGUUGAGAGAGAAGCCAUCGAGGUCUUCACGAAGAACUCCUUCAAGGAUGUGGACCAAAAGUUCCAGAAAGAAUUAGAGAUUCAGCUGAAAGAAAAGCAGAAGGAGUUUUCAGAACAGAAUCUGAAAGCGUCAUCUGAUCAUUGCUCAGCCUUACUUCAGGAGAUCUUCGGUCCUCUAGAAGAAGAAGUGAGGCAGGGGACUUAUUCUAAACCUGGAGGGCACAGUCUGUACCUGAAGAGGACAGAAAGCCUAAAGAAUGAUUACUAUCAAAAGCCUAGAAAGGGAAUUGAGGCUGAGAAUACUUUGCAGAAGUAUUUAGUAUCCAAGGAAUCUGUGAGUGCUACAAUUCUACAGACUGACCUGACUCUCACAGCAAGGGAAAAAGAGAAAGAAGAGGCACGUAAAAGAGCUGAGGCUGCUCAGGCUGAAGCGCAAAGAUUGAAGCAGAUUCAAAGAGAGCAGCAGCUGAUGAUGGAGGAGAGGGAAAGACUCCACCAGGAACAAGUGAGGCAGAUGGAGAGGGAAAGAGCAAAUAGGCUGGCAGCGCAACAGAGGGAGAAGGAACGCAGACUCCAGGAACACCUCAGAGAGGUCAAUGAGAGAAUGCAAGCUGAACAAAGAAGACUUCAAGAAGAGCUUCGUCAGCUUCAGACAGCUUGCCACUCUGCUGGGUCAUCAAGACAUGGCUGUAUUUUAAUGUAA